AGGUCGUUUCUAUAUGGCUGUUUAAAAAUAGGCUUUUCUGGCUUGAAACAAAAUGAAUACAUCAUCAAGGCUGUUGCGGUUUCCCCUCCACCAGCUUCUUAAGAACCUUAGGAAGCCUACUUGGAAAAAUUUCUGCUGGAAAUCUAGCUAUGGAUUUACUUUUCCAUAUGGCCAACGAGUUCAUUUGCUACAAUCCUUUUGUUCACGGAGGAUGGUGUUUUCAAAGGGGUUGAAAUCUGGGCUGGGGUACCCAGCAGCAGCAGAACAGCAUACAUGUGAGCUCUCUGACAAGGAGCAAAGACUUCUGAACAAGCUGUACGGUGGACUGAUCCAAGGUCACAGGGCCUGUUUGGCAGAAGCCAUUACUCUGAUAGAGUCAACACAUAGCAGGAAAAAGGAAGUUGCCCAAGUUCUUCUCCAGAAGGUAUUAUCCCACCACCGAGAACAAGAACGGUUAAAUAAAGGAAAGCCACUUGCCUUUAGAGUGGGAUUAUCUGGCCCUCCUGGAGCUGGAAAAUCAACAUUCAUUGAAUGUUUUGGGAAAAUGCUGACUGAGAGAGAACACAAAGUGUCUGUCCUGGCAGUAGAUCCUUCCUCUAGUACUACUGGUGGCUCACUCUUGGGUGAUAAAACACGAAUGCCUGAGUUGUCAAGAGAUAUGAAUGCUUACAUCAGACCAUCUCCAACCAGAGGAACAUUGGGUGGUGUAACACGGACUACAAAUGAAGCCAUUUUGCUGUGUGAAGGAGGAGGCUAUGAUAUUGUUCUUGUUGAAACAGUAGGAGUGGGGCAGUCGGAGUUUGCUGUUGCUGAUAUGGUUGAUAUGUUUGUAUUGCUGCUGCCACCAGCGGGAGGUGAUGAGUUACAGGGUAUCAAACGAGGUAUCAUCGAGAUGGCAGAUCUUGUUGUUAUAACCAAAGCAGAUGGAGACCUCAUUGUGCCAGCACGGAGAAUUCAAGCAGAAUACGUCAGUGCUUUGAAAUUGCUUCAUAAGCGUUCAAAGGUUUGGAGACCAAAAGUAAUGCGGAUCUCUGCCAAAACUGGAGAAGGCAUUUCGGAUGUAUGGGAUAAGAUGACAGAAUUCCAGGAGGUCAUGCUUACAAGUGGUGAGUUGCUUGCCAAACGCAGGAGACAGCAAAAAGUGUGGAUGUGGAACGUAAUCCAAGAAAGCAUGCUGGACCAUUUCCGGCAUCACUCAGAAGUGAAGGAUCAGAUUCCUCUUCUGGAAGAAAAGGUUGUUGGUGGGAUCCUAUCUCCUGGGCUAGCUGCAGACCUACUGCUCAGGGCUUUUAAAGAGAAAUCCUGAUUCUGUUCUGUAUGUGACCUGAUGAUAUAAAAUAAAUGAUAAAUGAUACCAUUUUUAAAA